GGCCCCCCCCACCCCCCCGCUGCCUUCCGGACCCAAAGGAACCUUUGUCCCCUCCACCUCCUCCUCCUCCUCCCUGUCCCGUCCCCGAAAUUUGGCAGCGGGAAGGAGGAAACCGGAGGUGGGAGAGAGAUGGGAAGUGCCGAGGAGGAUUAUAACUUUGUCUUCAAGGUUGUCCUGGUCGGGGAAUCCGGGGUGGGGAAAACCAACCUGCUCUCCCGUUUCACCCGCAAUGAGUUCAACCAUGACAGCCGUACAACCAUCGGCGUGGAAUUCUCCACCCGGACCCUCCCCGUGGGAGAUGCUGUGGUGAAGGCACAAAUCUGGGAUACAGCUGGGCUGGAGAGGUACCGAGCCAUCACCUCUGCGUAUUACCGGGGGGCUGUGGGGGCCCUGGUGGUUUUUGACAUCACCAAACACCAGAGCUAUGACGUGGUGGCUCGUUGGCUGAAGGAACUCUACGACCACGCCGAGCCCAACGUUGUGGUGAUGCUGGUGGGCAACAAAUCCGACCUUGCCCAGGCUCGAGAGGUGCCCAUGGAAGAGGCCAAAAUGUUUGCAGACAACAAGGGGCUCCUGUUCCUGGAGACCUCAGCUCUGGAUUCUACCAACGUUGAGCAGGCAUUCGAGACCAUCCUGAAGGAGAUCUUCCACAAGGUGCAGAGGCAGAAGCAGAGGAGCAGCCCAAGCCACACGGUGUCACUUGCCAGAGAGAGCCAGGUCCCAGCCCAGCUGGAGAAACGUCCCUGCUGUGUGGCACUCUGACCAACCUGGCACCUUGGGGACCCCCCCCCACAGCAUUCUGGGUGCCACAGCUGGGUCUGCUGCUUUCCAGGAUGGUGUCACCCCCCCCUUGUCCUGCUGCACAGGGGACCCAGCAGCCUGGACACUGCUCAGAUCCUGCCAUAAAGGAUGAAAAGACCCAGAACCAGGAAUUCUGCUCCAUUUGGGUCUGGAUCAGCAUCACCACCAACCAGGGACCUCCCAACCCAUCCCUAAGGGACUGAAAUACCCCAAGAAGGGACCAGGAGGUUCUGGCCACCAACCCCAGGAGCUGUUCUGGGGUUGCCCUUGGGUUUGGUCCCUAAAAGCCCCUCUGCCUCUGGUUCCCUCUGCCCUUGGGUUUGGUCCCCUGGGACUGGAUGUGGCUGUCCCCAAAAGUCCCCAUCACCACCAGGGCCUGUCCUGGGAUCAUUCCCAACAAAUUAACAACAUCCCUGAGCCCAGGGGACAGAGGUGACAGCAGGACCCAGUGAUUGUCCCUCUGAGGGGCCUGGGGGCAGCUCCCUGUCCAGCAGGGUGAAGCCAUCAUUAAAGGACUUGUGAAAC